CUCAAAGUGAAAACCACAGAAAGGAAAUACUCUGCGUUAAUUUGGUUUGGUCAUUGAAGCAGAGCACGCAACCCCGAGAAACGAGCAGUCGUUCUACCUGCAACUCUGCAACACGAAAAAACUAGGCCAUGCAGAUGCACCAGCACAUGCUUCCCAACUCACUAUAUACCCUUGCUUUGGAUUCCCAAGUCACUGAACCACUCGGAACAAGAAAAAAAGCUAGCAUGAGAAACCCAAUCCGAGGCGGCGGAACCGGAAUGCCGACGCCGCUGCAGGCCGCGAUCGUGGUCACCAUGCUGCUGGCGUCGCCGGCGGCCGUGGUGCGGGGCAUCGUCACCGACGAGGACUGCAAGUGCUUCAUGUGCGUCUGCGACCUGGACCCGCACCCGGAGCCGCCGGAGGUGCCGACCCACCACACGCCGCCUGUCCCCUCGCCGCCCCCGCCGUCGCCCUCGCCACCGCCGCCGGCGCCGGUGGUGGUCGUGCCCGCGUACUACCCUCCACCGACGGCCGGGUACUACUACCCGCCGCAGCCGUACGGGUACCCGUGGCCGACCACGUACGGGUACGGGCCGCCGGCGCCGGAGAUGUACCCGCGGGACUACGGCCAUGAGUCCAAGUCCGGUGCGGCCCGGCGGCACGGCGGCGGCGGCGGCGGCUCCGGGCGUUCCAGUCUGGUCCUCGCCGUCGCGCUCGCGUCCGCGGUGCUGUCUCUGCUCCUGCUUCGUCCUGCAGCGGCUUGAGUGGUUAUUUUAGUUGCGCGUACGUGUGUCGUUUCGAUUAAUUAAUUAAUUAUAAUCCUACGUAAAUCGAGUAUAUGUAUGUAUGGCAAGCUAAGUAAGCAUGCUUUCAGUUCGUAGCCGUGCUUUGUUGCCGCUGAGCGCUGAUGCUGGAGCGUGUCUAGCAGUUGGCAAAGCCUGGUGGAAAAAGCGUAGCGUCCGUGUCGUGUACCGGUGCGCCCCAAGUUCAUGUUGUUGGGGUCGCAUGUGUGUUGAUGUUUUUUAUGUUUAAAAAAAAAUCGGUUGUUGAUGUUUUUUUUUUGUAUUUUGUUUGAACUUUUAAAGAUGAUGUUCCAAGAUUUGCUUUGAA